AUGCAGGCUGAAAGCGAUGAUGCCAAGCAGAUAGUCUUGACAAGUGAGGACGCGCGCCAGAGCAGGGCUCGAAUCCCCCGGCCAGAUGAUCCGGCGCGCAAGCAUGCGACGGAACAAAUGCGGGAGACAGGGCGGCGUGUAAUAGAUGUCACAUCGCCAGCAGAUGCUUUCGAGGCGGCCCUGACCGAGGCUCUUGCAAAGGAGAGCACCCAGGAGGGCCCUGGGGCGGAAAGGGGCGGCCACAACAUGGAGACAGACGAAGCAGCGACCACACGCACUCCGCCCAACACUCCAGAUGUCACCAGUAAAGGCCCAGCGCACCCCACACUGUCCCCCAGGCCCGUGGACUCACAAGCCAGAGCAGAGGCAGCGGCAGGGCCAGAAGAGCCCACACAGGCAGCGCCAAAAGAUGCGAGACAGGCAGCGCUAGAACAGGCGAAAGGCGCGGCUGGACAGCCAGAUAUCAGCACACAGCGCAGAUUGGCGCCUGAUAAGGCUGUGCCCCAGCAGGCAACCAUGCCAGCUCCUCCUUCUUCUGUAGUUGCUCAGGAGCAGAAAUCAAGCAAUGAUCAAGACACAGGUAAAGCAGGAGGUGUGCCAGCAGAGCCGGCGAAAAUUGAGGCAGUCAGGGAGGAGGAAGUAAGCAAAGCCAGGGUGAGUCAGAGGGGAGCUGAUGUGGUGCAGCAGAGCAUGGAGUCAUCUCUGGGGGGCACUCUGUAUGUUUUGGAGGCUCUGGCGGCGCUGGAGGACCAAGAGGGCCAGUCCGCAGCUGCCACCAAGGGGACCCCUGCUGCUGAGCGGCAGAGGAAUGUGGACUACUUCUCAGGGGUGCACACUGCCAAAGCCAUCUUGGAGGAAGCAGCCGCCAAGGCCACGAAAGGGGUGCAGGAUGCUCCUCCAGCAAGGGGCAAGGAGCAGAUGGGCAGCGGGUUUAAGGCGGCUGUAGGCACCAGCAUGCAAGCAGAGGACAAGAGCAGCGGGUAUGUGACUGACGUAGAGGACGAAGCCAGGGGAGGCCCCAAAGGAGACUUGCAGGACCAUGUCAGCCGCAGUGUCAGCCUGCCUCACGCACUAGAGGUAAUCGGACUCCCAGCGGACAUCCAGAGCCCAGCAUCAGAGAAGCAGAGCUCGCCGAAGCAUUCAGGAAAUGUGCCGCAGCAGACCACAAAGAAACAGCCGGCAGCAGAGUCGCCAGAGACGCAGGAUGUUGCCACGUCAAUGGGCAAGGCAGCAGCAGCAGCUGCUGCAUGGGAGGGGUCACCAGUAGCAAGAGGACGCCGUAUCAUGGUUCAGGAUCCAAGCUUUGCAGUGGAGGCAGCCAAGGCAGAGCCAGCAUCAGGAGCAAGUCCUCGCCAGGUGCCACUCAGCGUGCAAAGAAACGAUGUGGAGAAAGCUGCCGGGAAGCUUCCAGCGCAGCUUCCCCCAGUUGCCGGCAGCACGAUCGGCAGCGGUCGGACGGCGGUGCCAGAGGCCGGCCCUGACAGCGGCAGUGAUGACCAUGUGAUGGACAUCUGGGCAGGGCAGGGAGCUAAGGAUGACAUGAGCGGUGCUGAGGCGUCCGUGGCAGAGCGUUCCAGGGGCAUUGAAUUGCGCGGAAGGGUAACGAUGAUUCCUGGGGAUGGUGCGGAGGGUGCAAACAGACAUGUUGAGCCGAAUGAGCCCGCCGAAAUUGGCUCCAGUCAAGCCUUCCUCGCAGGUGCAGGGCCAGACGCCAGAUCAGGCAACCUGAAGGACGCUGCGUAUGGCAUUCUCUUUGCGCUGGAUGACAUCACGCACGCCGCUGCACAGGCGCGCGCCAAGCUCGACGUCUUCAUCGCAGCGGCAGGAGAGGAGGGCGUGCUAGGCACAGUGCAGAAGCUUGAUGAUCCGCUGCGCACAGGCCACGGUCAAGAGACUGGUGCAGCAAGCGUUGGACCUCACGAGGCACUAGCAGAGGCACUCCUUGAAGACAGCACGGCAGAGUCCAUGGACAGUCCCCGGCUGCCGGGGAGGGGCUUCGGCAUAAACACAGAAGAGAUUCUUGCGGCAGAACCAAUCCUGACAGCAGUUAGGACAUACAUUUCUUGUGUUAUUAUUAUUAUUAUUAUUAUUAUUAUUAUUAUUAUUAUUAUUAUUAUUAUUAUUAUUAUUAUUAUUAUUAUUAUUACACGCUUUUUCCUGCAGACAAGCUGCAUAGAAGUAGAGUUCACAGCUGGCCAGGAAGCUGCCACGCAGCUGCCGCCCAUGCGCAGUCAUAUGGCCGCAGCAGCUCGCAGGAUAGUUGACGGUCUGGUGAAGCUGCUCAUCCUAUCAGCCUGGCUCUUGAUGGUGUGGGUGUGCAUAAGCAUCAUCUGGGAGUAUGAUGAGAUGGCCGAGCAAGUGGUGCCGCCUGCCUAG